CUUCGAAAGCCGAUAAACCAGCUUAGACUUGAACAAGACUAGACAGAGUGAACUUAUUUUGGCACUUAGUAAGAAGAAAUACUGUAUCACUAGGAAACAAAAUCGAAGCCCAGUCGAUUAGUAUUGUUUUUCUACUGAUGUGUGAGAAUACACGGCUAUUGUACAAGGAUAACUAAUAAGUAUAUUUCAAUAUCAAAAGAAAUAUGGCGGACCUGGCGGAAUGUAAGGAGAUUAAAGUCUACAGACCACCAGAUUUGAACGCACGUUUGAGAGAGGAACAAGAUAUGCUGGAAGGAUAUUUUUGUCCAAAGAAAUACCCAAUCUUAAAUAAAAACAAUGAGCCAUGUUUUGAGCACGAAGUGAAAUUAAAUGAAGACAGAAUUUAUAAGCUUCGUGUUUAUGUGAAUAUCAAGUAUCCUCAUUGGUUACCAGACUUGGUGGUGUGUGAAUCACCGGAGCCGAUGCCUAACGGCCUUGAUUGGAGUGGAAGCCAUAAAACUCAUACAUGGACGCCUAAAUGUGGGUUUCUACGAAUAUGUCACUGGCGUUGGGCAGCUUGGCUAAGCGAGAAUGUCGAGGAGGAGAUGAUUUAUCACGUAGGUUUAAUGACAUAAUAAACUGCAUAGUUCCACAUAUUAAGUUAAUUGAAUUUCAAGUCGCUAUGGCUAUGGCAAAUGUCUCAGAGAUCGCUGUAUUUAUCGCUGUUAUCCGAAAAGACGUUAAGUCCAUGAAGUGAAAGGCUAUUCAAUUUUAGUCUAAUAUUUUAAAUUAAAUCAACAGUAGAACCAUCUCACGGGAAACAAUAUAACGAUCCAAGACUUCAUGUUUAUAUCAGUGAGAUAUGUGUGAAUACUUGUAGAGUGAAUAGAGAGUUCAAAUGUAUUUCUGAAUGUUGAACCAAACCCAAGGUACAAGCGCUGACAGCGCUGAGUUUAUUGAAAGCCCAAUUCAGAAAUCCAAUUCUGAUAUAUAUGAAUUUCAUGCAUGCUAAUAUUAUUGUAUAUAGGCGAUGUAAAAUUAUCCAUAGCCAUACAUAAAUGAUAAACUGGAUUAAUUUGUGCAUCAAAAGGAAUAAGAACUAUCGGUAUACCAUAUACAAAUGGAAUCGAAUCUCUUGCUAAAAAUGAAUUUCUGAGUCUCCCAACCACAACGAUUAUAUAAUAUUUUUCAUAUAUUUUUUAUAGGUUUUCAAAAAAGGAGAAGAGUGGCUUGAAGCCUACGAGGAAUAUCUGGCAACAAAGAAACUGCCAUUGGAGUUAGAAGAAAUGGAGCUUACUGAAGUAGAAACACAGAGAGAACAGCAGCAUCUGGUGCAAUUACAGCAAAGCGCGGCUUUUCCAAUGGUUCAGUCAGAAGAGUCUAACUUUCUGAACCAACUAUGGCUCGAAAUAUGGCAUAUGUUUGGAAUAAGUAGAGAAAUUUUGUCACAGUAUAACUUGCCAAUAUUCCCGGUUGCAACUGUUGCCCAAAUAAGAAAUACGCAAAGACGAUUGCAAGGUGGUGAAUCUGCUAUACAAAGAGUAAAUGAAAACCCUAGUGAUAGGAUUAUGUUAGUUCAAUUGAUUGGAUUGAGAUGUGCACUGAUCAUCGAAUAUAAAGCAGUUUGGCCAGCCUGGCUGGUUGUACAUUUAAACUUUCUUUCACAUAGACUGAUGAUGGAAAGAUUGGCUUCAACGUGGAGCCCAUAAGAUCUCGUAGUCGGCUUACAAGAUAGCUAAUAUGUUUCUGUGGUCUUUUACUAUGAAACGUUUAGGAGUUUAAUUGUAUCAUUAUGGUAUUUUAUACAUAAGUACGAAUAUAGAAAUGUAAACGAAAUUGUACAAUAUAUAUAUUAAAUAAUUGUAAUUAAAUUUUUAACUGGGAGCAUACAUUUUAACAGUUGCAGUUGUACAAUAUAAAUAAUAAAAUAUUAAUAAAUUAGUAUGUAUACAAUGACAAAUAAAAUAUUACAUUACUGACAGUGUAAAUGUUUGAUAGCAAGUUGGUCUGACAAUUCGUCUGUGCAUGUGUCUCUGCUGAAGAUCCUUCUAUAUAUCAUUAUGUCACUAUGCGUUUACAAUUAAUUAUAUAAUACCUUAUUUAGUGGGCCAUCAGGAAAACGAGUCGUGAUUCGUUUGCAAGAUUGCUAUUAUUAUUAUUAGCUCCUCUGGCUAGUUUGUAUUACUAUUAGAUCAGUGGUUUGCAUGGAUAGCUUUAUAUCUUUACACUAAGAUGGAUUAUAUCAAAUCUUCAUGCAUGAUAUAUUAUAGUUAUAAAUUGGUUCAUUUCAGCCCAAGUAUCUUCUGAUCAAAUUCUGCCAUACGACGUUCAUAUUCUGCCCUACGACGUUCCUCUUCCUGAAAUUCUUCUUCCGUUGGCUCCAUCGGAGGCAACAAUUCGUCCAUAGGUUUACCAGUCGCAAGAUGCUCUUCGUACGCUUCUAGCCAUUGCUCGCCUUUCUCAAAAACCUGACACAGCCUUAUAUUUUGUUUUUCCCAACACACCUGACGAUAGAAGCAAAUCUGUAAAAGUCCAUGUUUCUGUGGCCAAGUAUGAGUCGUAUGUGUUCCUUGCCAUUCUAAAGAUUUGGGCAUCGGUUUUGGCGAAGCACAUACAACCAAAUCGGGGAGUUGUUUGGGAUAAUUUUCCCCUACCAAAAUACGUAAUCUGUAGACAUUAUUCCGGCUCGUCUUUAUGUUUAGUUCGAAUAAAGCCAUUCCGUUUCUCCAAUUCCAUGGGAAUUUUUCCCCGUUGUAGUUUUUUUCAAGCGAGUUCCGUUCAUAUUUUAAUCGUGCCCGUAGGAAUUUAUUAUCCGUCAUUAUUCUUUAAUAUAAGUUAACAACACGACGUUCGUACUUCGCUGUAAAUAAUAUGUUUAUCUUUUGAAAAGUG